AACAGGAAUAUAAAAGGGACAAUACAUCAAAGAGCAUCAAUGAGCUGAAACAGAACACAGAGAGUUGUAAUAGAGAACAGAAAUAUUGUCUUCAAUCAAGGAAACAACUUAGACAACCAGAGAGUUCUUGCUGAAACUGAAAAGACAAGAGGGCACAAUGAGUCACAGAACUUUACAGGGAUGAUGUCCUGGUAAAGGAUAUUUCCUACUUUGUAGAGUCCCGGUCCAGCCAGUCAUGCAUGGAUUUGCAUUUUGGUUGGGAAAUUCUUGGACCUGCCCACGGUCAGUCAUCUGUACUUCCACUGGGCUGGGCAACCAGUCCUAUAAAAAGGACCUUUGCUGCAUUACUGCAGACUCCUUGUACUCAAGUCCUGGACUACUUUGGAGAACCCGAUCCUGAGACCUCAGCACGAUGUCUUACCAACAACAACAGUGCAAGCAGCCCUGCCAGCCUCCUCCUGUGUGCCCACCCCCUAAGUGCCCAGAGCCUUGUCCUCCUCCACAGUGCCCAGAGCCUUGUCCUCCCCCUAAGUGCCCAGAGCCUUGUCCUCCCCCAAAGUGCCCAGAGCCUUGUCCUCCUCCAAAGUGCCCAGAGCCUUGUCCUCCUCCACAGUGCCCAGAGCCUUGUCCUCCCCCAAAGUGCCCAGAGCCUUGUCCUCCUCCACAGUGCCCAGAACCUUGUCCUCCCCCAAAGUGCCCAGAGCCCUGCCCCCCUCAGCCAUGCCAGCAGAAAUGUCCUCCUGUGCAACCUCCUCCAGCCUGCCAGCAGAAGUGCCCACCCAAGAGCAAGUGACUGCUUCGGCUGUCACCAGGACCAAGAGAGAAGAAUGAAAUCUGUCUCUGAGGCUUCUGUAGAAACACUCCCAUCUUCUUUUCAAAGUCUCUCAAGAACGCAGAAGAAUCUUCUCCAUAUACACCCUCCAUGUGUCUGUGUUGACCCGUGAUAGCGAAGGUGUUCCUCUGAGGUUGUUCUGCUUCUGCAGUCAAGGGGCUGCUGAGAAUGA